AAAAAGGUAAAGCGAAAAGGCUGCGCUUAAUGGUUUAAAAAAAAACAAAACUAUGUGUACCGAAAUGCUUUGCGGGAGGGCGGAGACGAGUUAUGAAAGGGGGCAUGAGUUGAGAGGUCGGCAAAAAACCGAACCUAUGUAAUGGCUGUCCGGCUAUUGAAAGUCUCCUUAUUGGCCACAACAGUCUUUGCAGCUUCAGGAUUCUACCUGUAUAACAACUAUGUGGAUCCCAAUGACAUUAGCAUCGUUAGAUUCGGAAGAGCUGCAAUAACGACAGCGGUUAUCAGUUAUGACUACCUCACAUCACUAAAAACUGUACCGUAUGGGACAGAGGACUAUUGGGCAGUAAAAUCCAAGAUUGCACAGCUGUUUGUGAGUUUUGAAGAGUCCCCUCAAGGAGCAGCCUCUUUAGCCCAGGUUCACAAGGCAGUGUUGCAUGAUGGGAGGACAGUCGCUGUCAAAGUUCAGCAUCCCAAAGUGCAGACCCAGAGUUCCAAGGACAUUCUGGUUAUUGAGUUUCUACUCAAAACUGUGACAUGGCUGUUCCCUGACUUUGGCUUCAUGUGGCUUAUUGAGGAGGCCAAGAAGAACAUGCCUUUGGAGUUGGACUUCUUAAAUGAAGGCAGAAAUGCAGAAAGAGUGGCAAACAUGCUCAAGCACUUUGAAUUCCUGAAGGUGCCAAAAAUCCACUGGGACCUGUCGACCAAGCGUAUUCUGACCAUGGAAUUUGUGGAGGGAGGCCAAGUUAAUGACUUGGAGUACAUGAAGGAAAACUGCAUAGAUGUCAAUGAGGAUGUGGAGAUUCGAACAAAUGCUGCCUUGUAUUUACCUCAAAUCAGUGAACUCUUGAACAAGGUCCCUCGUGAAAUGCUGCUGCUUUUAAAGACUAAUGAUCUUCUGCGAGGCAUUGAGACAACACUCCAGACCAGAGCCAGUGCCAGCUCCUUCUUCAACAUGUCCCGCUGCUGUAUUAGGGCCAUAGCCAAAUAUCAGAAGAAAAGAUCCAGGUCCCGCUACAAGAAAAUGCAAAUCUCUUUCUCUGAAGCGUUUACCCUCUGGCAAAUCAAUCUAUAUGAACUCCUGCUGUGGAUUAGAGGGUCAACACUGGGCAAUUGGAUUGUUAGCUUUCUGAACUGCAUUCACUAUGUACACUGAGCUGGAAACAAGACUAGGUGCAUAUCAUUUGAUUUAUUGUAUUAUUGUUUUAAGUUUCGUAUUGGCAACUAGCUCUUCUGCAGAUCACAUUUCCUUCCAUUUCCAUGUUCUGUGUUUUUGAUACUCCAAAAACAUCAUGGUUAUUUUUCAAAACAUCCCAAUUGAUGGAAAAAAGACUGUUAAAUGUGUUGGAACAUUCAUUCUGAAUAAAGUGUGCCUGUUUUAACAUCCUUUUUUUGCUCAUAUUGUAUCUAUUGCUUAUAAAUGGAAUGUUCAGUCAUACACCAGGCCAACCUGCCUCACUUUCCUUCAGUGCGUAGUGUAUGCAGCCCAGUUCUAUUAAUCAUGUCCCCAAUUCAUCUCUUCCCAUCUUGUAUCCAUGUGUAAUAUAACAUAAAUAAUUGCCUAUAACCACAAACAUUUGUCAUUACUGUGUGAUUCUUUAUUGUUUUUUCCUGCUGGGUUGUAUUUUUAUCUUUAAUAGAAACUAGUCCUUUAAAAUGUGCAGAUGUUGAUUGAAAGAGGAAUGGUGAGAAAGAUAAGGUUGGUCACUAAAUUCAUGUGAGAUGCUUUGUUCUCUUUCAACUGUAAGGUAAUCUUUUUUAAGUUUAAAAAAAAAUUGUGCUUGUUUUGUUCUCCCCAAUUCAGGCUGUCUAAUUAUGUUUCCUCACUACAACAACUCCCCGUAACAGCUCAGGAGAAAUCCUCAGAUCUGUGUCCUCAGAUCUCCCGCCAAGCCAAACAACUCUUUACACACAGAAACUUGACAAAAGAUGUCAACGGCUUCCAGCUCCUAGGGUACAAAAGCCAGAACUAGAGGUGUCUGCUACAGCUCACUAGCUGCCUGUCCAACAGAGACUGCUGAAAUGUGGUGAGGUGAAGCAGUACGUGCUGAUUUUACCUUCCAAACCCACAGAAGUGUCGGGAUUCCUAGGUUAAGAGUCAUUUUUAUAUGAUACUCCUUUUGCUUUGAUUCUGUAGUAAGGUGGUCCUAAAGAACAGAAAAUUCUGCUAAUAGAAUAGACUGAAUACAGAGCAGUCUGCACAAGCUAGGUGGAUGUCAUCAGAAUUUGCAGCACAGAUAGAGAAGGCGGCUGAGGCAAACAAGAGGCCUUAUCAGUUUUCCUAUAUCUUAAUUACAGUUGACCUUUGAAGGCAAACAUAGCAGGAGUUUUAGACGAAUGUCUGGACUAAAUAAAACAUCCAUCCGUCUUGAUCAAUGCAUAAGGCACAGAGCUGCCAAAUUUAAUCAUCUGUGCCAAUCUAAGUAAUGACACUGUCCUGUUCUGGUUAUUUUGUAAAAAAAAAAAAUAAAUACCCCCUCCCCCCCACAGCUUUUACAGUAUUGAUGCUUAAAAUUGAGAACAGAAAAGCACAUCUUAGUAGCUCGGUAAUCUUGGUAAUACUCACUUUUAACAGUAUGUUUGAGAUCAACUACUGCAACCUUACACAGGGGAUCUCCAGAUUUGAGCUUCAAAGGAAGGCCUCUAUCAGGUGAGUGAAUGGAGAUCCUUCAGUAAAGCUGGGUUCAGUUCCAUUUAUAGGCAUUCCUUCCCCUAAUUAUAGAACCCCGUCAUAGUAACCUUUAUAGAGGUAUCUUUGUAUAUUGUCCAUUUGCCAUUUGGUUAAUCAUCCCUGGAGAAAUCCUAAGGUUCAGUUUGAACAUUCAAAUGUCAAUGUAUUGUAGCUGCAUGCUUCAAAAACAAACAAAGGACCGAAUCAAUAAAAUGUCAUAGAAAAGACACAGUGUUGGUUUCCCUGACAAGACUGAACAAGGAACAUGCUGGAUUAGAAUUUCCCUCAUGAGC